CUUGUUUUAACAAAUGACAAAUGUCAAAGAAGAAAAUUAAAGUGAUCGAGCUGUGGCGACUGGCUAGUUGGUCUUGGUCAUCAAUAGGACAUGGGUGUGCGUUCCUAAAAUUUCUGAUGUCUCUGUCACCCUUCCUCUCUUUUAUCUUACCUUUUUCUUCUCGUCAAUUUCUCUCAUAAAAUGUGGAAGCUUUGGAAAUGGUACCAGAACUGUUUAUCUGUUAAUCCCGUCAAAACACAAGUCAUUAGCUCAGGAUUUCUUUGGGGUAUUGGAGACAUUGCUGCUCAAUACAUCACCCACGCCACUGCCAAAAAUCGCCUUCAAAUAUCUGAUGCAGAUGAAAAAUUCAAAAUAAACUGGAAACGUGUGGCUACCACAAGUAUGUUUGGAUUUGGCUAUGUUGGACCCAUUGGCCAUUUCUGGUAUGAAGGGUUGGACAGAUUUAUAAGGCUGAGGCUUCAACUACCACCAAAGUCAAUGCGGUUUGUUUUCACCAAAGUCACAAUAGAUGGCAUCAUCUUUGGCCCCUUUGAUUUGUUUGUAUUUUUUAGUUACAUGGGAUUUUCAGCUGGGAAAAAUUUUACUCAAGUGAAGGAAGAUUUGAAGAGGGAUUUCAUCCCAGCCUUGAUUUUGGAGGGUGGUCUAUGGCCGAUUGUUCAGGUUGCAAAUUUCCGAUAUAUUCCCGUAAGAUACCAACUCCUCUAUGUCAACAUAUUCUGCUUGUUUGACAGUACUUUUUUGUCAUGGGUCGAGCAACAAAAGAAUGCCCCUUGGAAGCAGUGGUUCACUUUAUUUCAUUUUUUGGAGGAAAAAGGUGAUGAAGGCGACUUGUAAUACCUUCUCAGUGUAUAUUACCUACACCCCAUUGUUGUUUUUUUUUUUUUUUUUUGGCUAAUUGGAAUGGCAGUCCCAGAGUUUCACAACAGAGUAUUAUUGUAAUCUUCGAAGAAUAACCCCGAAAUGCCAACUGCAGUUUUGGAAGUUGGAUUUCUCAAGUGUUUUAAUUGCUUUUGAGCUUUCAGUGUAAAGUCAAUCAAUUGCAUCAACAACCAAAGCCCUAACUUCUGCA